AUGGGGGACUUCCAGUACUUUACAGAAUUCAUGAAAAAAUGGUUAACGAAAAAAGGAGCAUCUAAGACGAACGCGGAUGUUUUAUUGAAAAGAAUUGAAGAAGGUGUGGACCAUAUGCUGCAAAAUAUAUACCAGGACGCAGACCUUGAGGAGAAGGUAUACUGCAAUGAGCUCGAUAAUAACAAUGAACCAAUAUUGAAGGAUGAAGAAAGUAAGGAGUUAUGUAAAAUAUUAAUAAGAAUAUUCUACUGGAUAGGUGGAUUAAGACAGGUGGGAAAGAAAGAUGAAGGAAUAUGGGAAUGGAUAAAAGAAGUGCUGACCGAUUCAGCUGAGAAGGAACUGCAGGAUUAUCUAAGAUGCAUAAUGGGCAAAGUAGUUAUAGUAAGAAUGUUCGGAAACCAUUGUAGAUUGAAGAAAGUUAUUCCAGUUGUGAAACAAGCAAUAAACAAAACCGUAGAAAAGAAGAAAAUCAAGGCGGAGCAUGAGAAAUGUGAGGAAAUGGAUUUUAAAAGUUUGAAAAUUGGCGGGAAAAUAUUUUGGAAAGAAAUAGAAGAUUCAAUAAUGAAGGAUGAGGUGAGAGGGGAAACUAUUAAGAAAAUAAUAGAACAGGGGAAAUGUGAAGGUAAGAAUGUUAUUAAGCGAAAACAAGAUAAGAACGCGGAGGAAGGAUGGAAGAGUAUUGCUGAAUUACUUCGAUUGAGUAGUAAGGAAGAACUCGAAGAAUUGAUCACUGAUAGUGAAACGUGGUCAAAGGGAGGAUUAAACAAAAUACUAUGUUACAUGAAGGAUAAGAAGGAGAUUAAGGAAGUAAGAGAAAUAUUAGUACAGAAGCAUGAUCAAUUGGACGAGCAAUAUAAAAAAUCAGUAAAGGGAGCUAAGGGAAGUGAAGAAGACAGGAGUACAGUCACUCUUAGCGGGUGCGAAACUAAUGAGGAAGAUAGUUCACCUUCAUCCGCCACCGAAACAUUUAACGGCGGACAGAGUACUAAGUCUCCCGCCCCCGCUGAUCCUGAAAAAGUUGAACAAAUUGGAGAAGAAGUCCUACGUCCCUCUGCUAGUCCUAAGACUCCUGAAGGUGGUUCAGGUCAAUCUGUUGAUACUACCCAAGAGGCUAAGCCAAUGACUCCUCACGUAGAUAUGAAGGGUCCAAAGGUGGAUGUGAACGCCCCUAAGGCAGAAGAUACAACACCUCUGAAAUCAUCACAAACGACAUCAUCCUUACCAGGGCAGAAAGGAGGAAAGGGCUACAUUCUCUUUCACAGAUUUUUCUCUUCGUAUUUCCUUCCUUCAUUUCUUCCCUACGCCCUUUUUGUUGUACAGUAUUUCGGAUUGUUCGGCCGACAGAAACGGCGUUACAAACGUAUGGCACAAAUACCCGGUCCUCCUUCAGGAGCACAUAUGGACGCAACGGAUCUAACGAUAUCCUACGCACCUUAUGAAUAUAUCCUAAUGAGAGAAGGAAUAAAACCACAACUUACACAUACUACAGAAAUGCAGCAAGAAGAACAUGUCAAUCGAAAGACUAUUAUUGAUAUUCACUUAGAAUUACUGAACGAAUAUCAAAACCAAAACCAAAACGAAGAUCCCGAAUUAACGAACAGAGUCGAUUUUCUAGAAACUAUCAUGGUAGAAGAAUUCAUGAAACAAGAAAGCACAUGUAAUAAUGUACAAGAUGGUCCCUCUGUAAUUACGGGUCCAUCUGACCCUGAUUCCUUAGGAACAUUUUCCUAA